AACGCCCCGCAAAGUGUGCAAGCUGCUGAAAACAAGCAUCUGUUGCAUAUCAGCGCACAUAUGCGCCCCAUUAUUUGACCCAGACCCCGUCCCUAUGGAAGUACGGUCCGUCCUUGCCCAGCCAGCCGUCAGGCAGGGAUGAGUCAGCCGGUUUCGAGUAAGCCGCUAAGAUGCUAAGACCAGAAUGAGACGGAGCCCCUCCCCCGCGACCGUGACGCCGGCCGCACGGUAUAAAGCCGGUCGAAGUCGGUGGAUCCUCACAUUCGAGUAGUGGCCAUCUACUCAGUGGCACAACAAGAACACUAGAAUGUGGCGGAUCCUGGUUUCCCUCUUGCUGCUGGCUGCGGCCGACGCCCAGCUCGGUUCGGGCUUCCCGAGCAACCUGGACCUGGCCGAUGGCUACCUGCCGCCGCCGGGACCGGGCAACCCGGAGCCCAACACGGCGCCCUGCGAGCAGCCCAAGACCAUCUACCGCACGCAGACGCAGCAGGUCACCAACACGGUGACGCGCACCGUGGUGCAGACGGUGCCGCAGCGGGUCGAGCAGACGCGCGUCGUCACCAGCGUGGUGCCCAGCACCCUGGUGCGCACCAGCGUCACCACCAUCGUCUCGCCCGUGGUGCGCACCCAAGUGCGGACCAGCGUCGUCCAGCGCCAGAGCACCCGCAUCGUCGACGUGCCCGGCCAGACGCGCGUGGUGACCCAAACCCAGACGCAGAGCCAGGUCACCUUCAACACGAGGCAGAGCGUCGUCGAGCGCACCCAGGUGGUCACCAGCACACAGAUUCGCGUCUCCAACGUCGUGCAGCGCGUCACGCAGACCGUCACCCGGACGGUGCCGCAAGUGGUCUACGUCACGAGGACGCAGCAGAUCCCCGGACGCACUGUCGUCAUCACGCAAACGGAGCAGCGCCAGACCACCAGCGUGCAGCAGUACCAGCCGCCGGCGCAGACCAGGGUGACGACACAGCAGCAGUACAGGACGCGCACCGAGAUCCAGCAGGUGCCCGGACCCGUCAUCACCCAGUCCAGCAACGUCGUGCGCACUCAGGUGGUGCAGAGCACGAGGGUGCAACAGGUGCCCCAGCUCAGCACGCGCGUCGUCCAGGUCACCAGCGUGCGCGAGCAGACCACGACGCAGACGCAGCGUGUGACGCAGACCCGGGUGGUGACGGUGACGCAGACGCAGACCGUGCCCGUGGUGGUGACGCAGACCCAGGAGCGUCUGGUCACCGUGCCCGUGGAGCUCACCCAGACGCGUACCGUCGUGCGGACGGUGCCCGGACAGAACGUCGUGCGCACCGCCGUCCGGACGCAGACCCAGACGCAGACCGUGCGCGGCCAGGACCGCAUCAUCACCGACUACCGCACCAUCGACAACGUCCGGACGCGCGUCCUCACCAGCACCGUCAUCCAGCCGUCGGUCGUCACCCGGGUCACCACCAGCACCGAGCCGUGCGAGGGCUACAACUACCAGGAGCCCAGCAACCCCCUCAGAUUCUAGAGGGCCCCCACCAUACACCGUCCACACGGCGGCGGCCACAGGCCAACGCGGUAGUCCGCCAACCGCCUGGCGGUCGUCGCUCCAUCAUCUGUUAAGCUGAAUAAGUUAUGCGCGUGUCCACCAACGACUACACUGAAAGUGCCACAGCUGCCCCUGACCAUGUGACAACAUAAGGCUGACAUGUACUUACUCGUCAUCAAAUGAUCAAUAAACCACGCUAAAAAAUUGAGCAGCGAUAUGUUCAUUACGAAAGACUGCCAAUGAUGCGAAAAUGCCAACAGUCUUUCAGGUAAGCAUGCAUGCUUUUUCAUGCCUGUACCCCUGCGCUUGCUCGUCUUGCCCUGUACCCUCUAUGUGCUUGGACUCGUCGCCCUUUGCGAUUCAUGGCACUCUGCUGUUUCACCUCAGCUGGCUUCUGAGGUCUGACGGUCGUUGUGUGGCGUUCUGUUGCAGGAUGCGCUCGUUGCUGGCUCUGACAUGUCUGGUGGCGUCGGCGCUGGCUGCGCCGCAGUUUGCCGGCCAGCCGUACCUGCCGCCUCCGACGCCCAGCUACCCCAACCCGUCCACAUCGUGUCCGCCCGUUAACGACGUCUACCGCACCACCUACGUCACCAACACCGUCAACCGGGACGUGGUGCGAACCAGCCAGGUGGUGGUGCCGCAGACCGUCUACGUGACACGCACGCAGGUGGUGCCCACCGUACAGACGCGCCAGGUCGUGUCCACCCAGAUCGUGGCCACCACCCAGCUCCAGCAGGUCGUCUCCACGGUCGUGCGCACCUCCAUCGUGACGCAGAGCCGUCGCGGCCAGGAUCGCGUCAUCCAGCAGACGGUCACCCGCACUGUGCCUGUCGUGCGGACCAUCACCGAGACGCAGACGCGCGUCCUGACGCAGACGGUGCCGCGAGAGGUCGUGACGACGCGCGUCUCCACGCAGGUGGUGCAGCAGACGCGCCAGGUGCCGCAGAUCUCCACCCAGACCAGCGUCGUCCAGCGCCAGCUGCCCGACCAGACUCAGGUGCGCACCCAGUACGUCACGCAGACGGUCGUGCGGACCCAGACGCUGCCGGCGCAGACGGUCCUGCGCACCGUCACGCAAACGCAGACGAUCGUGCAGACGCAGACGCAGCGGCUGCCCGCCCAGACCGUCACCGUCUCGCGCACCCAGGUGCUGACGCGUACCCAGGAGGUGGUCAGCACCCAGUACGUGCCGCAGGUGGUCACGCAGACGCAGACCAACUACAACACGCAGAUCCGCACCGCCUACCGGACGCAGCAGGUCCAGGUGACGUCCACCAGCGUGCAGCAGCGCGUGCUCUCGCAGACCCAGGUGCGCACCGAUGUGCGCCAGCGCACCGUCACCCAGACCGACUACCGGACGGCCACCGUCACCAGCGUGCAGCAGCUGCCCGGACAGACGAGCACGCAGACGCGCAUCCAGUACGUCACGCUCACCCAGCAGGUGCCGGGCGCCACCCGCACCAUCGUACAGACCCGGACCAACGCGCGCACCGUCACCCAGACGUCCACCGUGGUGCGCGCCCAGGUCAGCACCGUCUACCGCACCCAGGUGGUCAAGGCGACCUGCGGAUACAACUACGACGCGCCCAGCAACCCGCUCCAGUUCUAGACACGCCCUCCACCAUUCGCCCCGCCAUCAAUUGUUACAAUAACUUAUGUUGUCACGUGGUCAGACAACAGCCGCGCACAUUCAGUGUAACCGUGUAAGAGUGUGGACAUCUUCAAAGCCAAACGUCUCAUACACAGCUGUAACGAAAUAAAAGUGUCCAUAAAAACAGA